AUGAGGCAGUGGGCACGGUCGCACCCGAGAGGGACGAGCGUGCGGUCGCAGGCCGGCGGGACAGGAAGUGGGAGCGCUGCCGGGGGGGGGCGUUCGGAAGCCCAGGCCCCCAGCCGCACGAUGCCAAAGGCAGCAGGCAUCCCCCUGGUCACAAAGCUGUGCUAUGCAGUGGGGGGAAUGCCCCAUCAGAUGACCAGCAUCGCCCUGGGCUUCAGCCUGCAGGUCUUUCUGCUGGACGUGGUACAGUUGGAUGCCCUCUACGCCUCCCUGGUCCUGUUCCUGGUGCGGGUCUGGGACGCUGUCACUGACCCCCUGGUGGGGUACCUGGUCAGCAGGAGCAGCAGGACCAGCAUUGGCAAGCUCCUCCCCUGGAUGUUGUUCUCCAUGCCUCUGGCUGUGUUCUCCUACAUCAUGCUGUGGCUCACACUGCAGGGCUCCAAAUCCCCGUUGCUGAACUUCUUCUGGCACCUCAGCAUGAGCUGCCUGUUCGAGGCCUUUAUGAGUUGUUACCAUGUCCCCUACACGUCCCUCAACAUGUUUCUGGGAGGCAACCAGAAGGAGAGAGACUCAGCUACAGCCUACAGAAUGGGAGCUGAGGUGUUUGCCAUGCUGGUGGGGGCGGUGAUUCAGGGACAGGUUGUAAGGGUUUAUAGUGCUGAGAAGGAUCAGACUUGCAGACCACAUGACCACCACCCACAAAAUGGCCACGUCAGUGUCGGGCUGUGGGAGACGAGAAAAGCCUUUCUCAUCUCGGCUGUGGUGCUGGGGGCUCUGCACUUCCUGUGCUGCCUGCUGCUGUUCCUGGGGGUGAGAGAGCAGAUGGCCCCCUCCUCCUCCACGGCACCAGUGGGCAUUCUGUCUGGAGCAAAGAUGCUCUUCAGACACACGCCCUACCUGCGCCUCGUCAUCGGCUUCCUCUUCACCUCGCUCGCCUUCCAGAUGUCCCUGGGGAAUCUGGCUCUCUUCUUUACCCUUGAUCCAGAGUUGGGUGGAUAUUUCCAGUACUACAUACUCACCCUGCUGGUGACAGCCACCAUCUCUGUUCCAGUGUGGCAAAUGCUACUGGUGCGGAUUGGCAAGAAGACCACCAUGUUCAUUGGCAUGAUGGUCUAUGUUCCUCCUCUGGUUCUCAUUCCCUCCGUGCCCAGUAACUUGCCAGUCUACAUGGCCAUGUCAGUCCUGAGUGGCUCCAGUCUGGCGACGCUCUUCCUGCUGCCCUGGUCCAUGCUGCCGGACGUGGUGGACGACUUCAAGGCGAAGAACCCCGGCUGCACAGACCUGGAGCCCAUGUUCUUCUCCUGCUACGUCCUCUGCAACAAGUUUGGAGCGGGGAUGUCGGUGGGCGUCUCCACAUUGGCCCUGCACUUUGCAGGGUAUAAACCAGCCCUGUGCGGCCCCAGUCCGGAUGUGGUCACCACCCAGCGGGUUCUGCUGGGCCCCGCGCCCCUGUGCCUGCUGCUGGUGGGCCUGGUGUUCUUCUACCGGUACCCCAUCGACGAGGCCCGCCGCCAGCAGGUGGCCGCGGAGCUGGAGGCCGCAGCGUGA